AUGGCAAUCUCACCAGCCUGUACUGGCUCCCUUCGGCCAACGUCAUAUGGCACUCGCCAACCUCCAAUACCUUCCCUCCAACCCUCGAGAUCCCCGCCCCAACCCCGACGAAGACCUCGAUCCAUAUCGCUCUCGUUCGGCACAUUUGACACCUUCUUCCUUCUCGUCCUUUGCCUCAUCCUCUCAUCCCUACCUCUCUCGAGCGCCGCAUUCAUCAACUUCGACAACUGCUUGGACCGUGGCUAUCGAUCAGCAAGAGAUCCGGUGCGAUUGCAAUUUGUGCCACUGCACCUCUCCGCCUCGUUCAACACGACAUCUCAGAGUCACAGGCUCAACAUUACGGUAUACGGCAAUGUGACGGGUCAAUCUGUUGAGGGCGAGUACCCCCCACCCAACGACGAGCUCUGGUCCGACCCUAAGAAGCCAUUCGGAAAGAUCACCAACGUGGGGAAGGACAAUUUGCUUACAACACUCUUCACCAACUACAAGGUUUUGACAUUCACGGCACACGAUGAGCCAGGUGUCCCCUUCUGUGAUGCCACUGUGAAUACGUCCUGUCCAAUCGGGCCCGCUUUCUGGAAGAAUGCCAGCGACCCUGCGGACCUUCCUGCUUUUACCGUCGGCCACGAUUUCUUCAGUACGUACUCCUUCGGAACCCUUGUGUCUACCAUGCGUGUAGUCUCUGGUGAUACACCCCCAAUAACCCUGGCAUGUGUUUCUGCCAGCAUCACGCCGGACCUGGGUACCAAGAUCAAAGAUAUGCUCGCCUACUUACCCGCAGCCAUACUUGCCAUGGUCGCCAUCGCCACAGUCUUUGCGGCUACUUGUAGUCCAUGGGGCUCAUCUGAUAUCUUCCGCUGGUCCAGUAACUACGGCAGAGACGAGGAUCUGUUGCGUCUGGUGACUCCUGGCUUCGGCGAUUGUCUCCAAUAUAUCCAGUUUAUCGUAUUAGCAGGCAGCCUUAACCUGCAAUAUCCUGGAUUCUUCCAGCCGGUCGUCAGCCAGGCGAGCUGGUCAGUUCUCCUCUUUAACGAGAGUCUUGUCAGCCAAGACCGCGGACACCCCAGUCUGGUGGACGGUAUCUACUUUGCCAACGGAACGUACGGUAUCUCUCGACUCCGUCAAUAUGUCGGAAUGGCCAGGGAUCAGGACAUUUGGGCCGGAAUGGCGGUUUGGCUGCUUGGAAUCAUCGCCGCCGUCACCAUACUUACCCAGUUGGGUUUCCUCGGCCGCUGGAUCCAUCGCGCAGUAACCAAGACGGAAGGCGGUGAUCUUCGCGGAAAGAAUUGGCCUUUCACUGCGGGAAAUAUCAUUCGCAUCGUCUUCAACUUCUUCAUGUUGCCCAUCAUCUCUCUAUCUUUAUUCCAACUGGUCGUUGCCGCUCGAUCGCCUGGUUCGGUCGUGGCAACGUCUGUCGUUUUGCUCAUCGGCGUUAUGGGAUUUGCAGCCUGGAUCUUCUGGUUUAUUUUCACCACACGGCCGCGUGCACAUUUGUUCGACGAUCUUCCCACGGUCCUCACGUACGGUCCACUCUACAAUACAUAUUCUGACGAUGCCGCCCCUUUUGCUUUCAUUCCCGUUCUGCUGACGGUCAUGCGCGGCAUUGCCAUCGGAGCCAUACAGCCAUCUGGAAUCGCUCAGAUCAUAGUACUCGCCAUCUGCGAAGUAAUAUUAAUCCUCACCCUGCACGCCUUCCGUCCGUUCCAAUCCAACACUUCUAUGAAUGCCUACCACACUUUCUUUUCUGCCAUCCGACUUACCUGCACGCUCCUCAUGAUAUCAUUUGUACCUUCCUUGGGCGUAUCGGAGGACUCUAAGGGGUGGAUAGGGUACGCCGUACUCUUGCUCCAUGCCAUCGUCCUACUUUUUGGAUUUUUCCUCAAUUCGCUACAAACCAUCGUUGAGGUCGCAGCUCGUCUUGCAGGCGCUGGCCAAGAUCAGAGAGGUGGUCUUACCAAAGUUUUCGGUAAGCGCCAGCUCUCGAGGCGCAAUCGGAACCGUAAACGCAACACGCGGAGCAGUCUCGCAUCGGAUGCAGCAAUGCUUUCAGGCGACGGCGACAAACAAUCUAUCCAAUUGAUGAAUGGACGCGCUCGAAGUCUCUCCGGUAGUUCUGGUGUACUUCUCAAUCAGGGAUAUGGAGGCAGUCAGCGUGCUAGUAUGGGUUUCGAGAAUUUCACCCAGGGUGGUGACCCCAGCAAUCAUGGUGGAACCAGCCCAGGAACACCAGCAACGAAUGCCUCGCCCUUCAACUUUCUCGGAGGCUCAUCGGGACAGAGCUCCAGGCGGCCGACCCUUGGUGGGGCUCUGGAUGGACAGGAUUAUUACCGACCUCCACGACCCCGUAAAGCGACCAUGGAUUCUAUGACACCCGGUGCGAAGGGUCGAACUCCCAGCGCUGAUUUGGAUAACGCACCUUAUGCAGAUACCAUUGAUCACGCGGAGGCUGGCGAUGUAGGUGAGGGCCCUUCCUCGUGGUCCCCCAAUCGCAGCUCCAUCACGCCAGCAUACCUCCGCAUGCACCGCGACGACUCCGACCCAGCCAUCGCAGAACAUCCCAAGAACACCGACUAUUCCGUCCGAGAAUCAGACUUUUAUUAUGGAUUACGGGGACCUGCAUUAUCCGCACAGCCCACACGCAAGCUCAAAACAGGCCCAGCAGAUCCUAUGGGUCCCGUUUCAUCAGCGACUGGUUGGUUCAAAAGCUUGGGGCUCUUCAGUGGAGGGAAGAAGAAGGAGCAAGGCAAGGGGUUCGAAGUCGUCAGGAGUACAAGGAUGCCGCCACAGAUGAUGCCACUGGAGGAAGAUGAUGAGAAUCCACCGGAAGAGCAAGAGCCCUACAAAGAUAGCCCUGACACUCCACCACGAAUCAAGUCUUCGAAACAUGGCAGUCCUGCCCCGAUGGCAGCGUCAGGAGCUGUGCGAAACUCCAUAGGGAGUGUCAGCGAUACCGAUAGCGAUGACUCCGAUUCAGAUAAGAGCAGCAGCGCUGGGGGCCACCAUUCACGGGGGGAGCGAGUGUCAGCCUAUGCUCCGGCACUUGGCCCCAUCGAUACAGGUGGAGGCAUCGAGCUUCCGAGUCGUAUAGGUUCUAGGGCAUCCCGAAAGCCUGGUUCUCAGCCUCCCAGCCGUGCCCCUACCAUUCCUCGCAAAUCUUCCAAACGUCCAAAGUCAACAGAUCUGAGCGCCAUACAGAGAAGCCCGCGACUACCAACGGUGCCCGCAUCACAGUCCGGUACGCCUAGUCUAGCAUCUACUCCACACUUCCCACGGAAUGUUACCAUGCCACCCGCAAAUCAACAUCUACACCCAAAUCCGAAUCAAGAGAUGCCAAUCCGUCUUCCUUUCAAUUCGACUGAGCCUUCGCCCUCCCCCGAGCGCUCUCCAGCCCAUUCCAAUGCCUCGUCGCUAUACCGACCAGACAACGCCAGCGAUUUGAACCAACUAGGCCCCACUGAAGAUUUGGUACCCCCGCAAAUGAUACAAGCUGGCAACCAGGCACCUUUGGCUACGGGCUACGUACAUCAUCAUGUGGCCAGGGAUAGUAUACACAACGUACAUGAUGGAGACGAUAUGGAAAGGAGUGCAGAGUUUGGUAACGUGGAGAGGGAGAGGAGUGGCAGGAGCGGUCGCAGUGGAUGGAGUGGGAGAUCUACUGGAUCAUAA